CUAUAUAUGGGCAAAGCGAGACAGAAGGAGAGCUGCACUCGCUUCCGUGUUUGUGUGAUCAGGGAGUGCUCAGCCGGGGGAGCUUCACUGUUUCAUUCAAUUGUGAAGAAUAACGUUAAGCAACUCACCAGCAGGAAAAAUGCCGCAUGAACUGAAACAUGUAUUCGCCAGUCUCCCACAGAUGGAGAGGGGAGUCGCAAAAGUGAUUGGCGGCGAUCCCAAAGGCAACAACUUCCUGUAUACCAAUGGGAAGUGUGUCGUCAUCAGAAACAUUGACAACCCGGCCAUAGCAGACAUUUACACCGAGCAUGCCCAUACAGUGACUGUUGCCAAGUAUGCCCCCAGUGGAUUCUACAUUGCAUCUGGAGAUGCAUCUGGAAAGAUCCGUAUCUGGGACACGACCCAGAAGGAGCACAUUCUGAAGUACGAGUACACCCCGAUGUCAGGCAAGGUCAAGGACAUCGCAUGGACCGAGGAUAGCAAGAGGAUCGCUGUUGUUGGGGACGGACGAGAGAAAUUUGGGGCUGUGUUCCUGUGGGAUUCUGGUUCCUCAGUGGGGGAAGUUUCCGGCCACUCCAAAUUAAUCAACAGCGUAGACCUAAGGCAGAAACGCCCUUAUCGCCUUGUCACUGGCAGUGACGACACCUGUGGGUCCUUCUACGAGGGGCCUCCCUUCAAGUUCAAGUUCACAUUACGUGACCACAGCCAGUUUGUCAACUGUGUUCGCUUCUCUCCUGAUGGAAAUCACUUUGUCACAGCUGGCGCUGAUGGCCAGAUUUUCCUCUAUGAUGGAAAAGAUGGUAAUCGUGUUUCUUCACUGGGUGGAGAGAAGGCCCACAAAGGAGGAAUCUAUGCUGUCAGCUGGAGCCCUGACAGCUCCCAACUGAUCUCUGCCUCAGGGGACAAAACGGUGAAACUGUGGGAUGUUGGUGCAGGUACGGCCGUCACCACCUUCAACAUGGGCGCUGAUGUGACAGACCAGCAGCUGGGUUGCCUGUGGCAGAACGAGCACCUCCUCACCAUCUCCCUGUCAGGAUACAUCAACUACCUGGACAAGAACAACCCUGACCGGCCCAUACGCUCCGUCAAGGGUCAUAGCAAAUCUAUCCAGUGUCUGACUGUUCACAAAAAAGACGGGAGACCAUACAUCUACUCGGGGAGUCACGAUGGACACAUCAAUUACUGGGAUGCAGAAACUGGGGAGAACGACUGCUUCUCAGGGAAGGGCCACAGCAACCAGGUGAGCCAGAUGGUGACUGACUCAGCCAACGAGCUGGUGACGUGCAGCAUGGAUGAUACACUGCGCUACACCAACCUCAACAAGACGGAGUACAGCGCCUCUGAUGUGGUGAAGAUGGAUUUCCAGCCUAAAAGUGUGUCCGUGGCAGCAGGAGGGCUGUCGCUGGCUGUGUGCAUUGGACAGAUCGUCUUGCUGAAGGAUAAGAAGAAAGUCUUCACGAUGGACAAUCUUGACUAUGAAGCAGAGGUUGGCGCCCUCCACCCUGGGGGCUCCACUGCUGCGGUGGGGGGAGGAGACGGGAAAAUCCGUCUGUACUCCAUUCAGAGCAACACCCUGAAGGACGAGGGCACAACUGUCGAGGCUACCGGGGCGAUCACGGCCAUGGCCUACUCUAACGAUGGAGCCUAUCUGGCUGUCAUCGACGAAAAGAAAGUUACCACAGUUUUUACUGUGGCUGACGGCUACUCGGGCAAAGAAGAGUUUUACGGACACCACGCCAAACCAGUGACUCUGGCCUGGUCACCUGACAAUGAGCACUUUGCGACGGGUGGGAUGGACAUGAUGGUGUUUAUCUGGACAGUUGGUGAUCCAGACAAGAGGAUUAAGGUCCCAGACACUCACCGGUUGCACCACGUCAGUGGCCUGGCCUGGGUGGAUGAUCACACUCUCGUCACCACCUCCCAUGAUGCCAGCAUCAAGCAGUGGACUAUUACAUACUGAGCUGCAAGCACAUCCACAUCUCCAGGGACAAGGACUACUGUAGGAUUCAAUCUUUCCUCUUUUUUUUCAACUGUAUUUUCACUGUCUUUACGGUGUUCUCUGCUGUCUGUAAACAUCUGAAUUGUAAAUGGUUAUGGCCGGGGAAAGCUCCCAUAAAAAUGAUCUAAGAAGUGUCUCUUUGAUGCGAAUAACCUCAACUUGAGACAAAUUGUUGAAAUAUAUAUAUAUACAAUAUUAACCAUGGGUGCUUUUACAUCUUUGAGCUUUGUGGACCCAUAAAAAUAUUUGUAAGCUCAACAUUCCAUAGGUAAUAGCUUUCGAACAGAAAUCCUUGUCUGUGAUAGGCUCGAUGCAUCCCGACUUAGCGGAUGAACGCAAAGAUUUUUUUUUUUUUCUCAACAAAAUCAUGUUUGAAAGAAAUGAAACCUUUUUGGUUACAUUCCUGAAUUGAGAAGCAACUGACCCGAACGGCAGUUGCCUGUCACUUUUAAUGGGGCUGGGUGUUUCUGCUUUGUCUUAGUUUGGACUGGGGAGCAAUAAUAGGAACUGAAAGAACAAAGUCUGUAUUAAAUCAAGAUGCUGUCUGUUCAGUCGAAGGUCCCGUGUUGUUGCUGUGUUUUUGUUUGGGCCCACUAUGCUUGUCGCACUUAUUUUUUUCCCAUGUCUUUAUGCAGCCGCUUCCAAAAGUGGAAGUGAUUCAUUAAUAAUGAUAAUAAAAAUAAAAAAACUUUUUAUGCAUUUUC